CGUAAUCCAUUGACAUUUUCGAAAAACUUUUGUGUUAUCAACUCUUUCUCAAAUCCCCCUCUCUCUUCUCCUGUCUCUCCCUCUUUUAAAUGCACAAUACUACAACUUCUAUCUUUGCCUCCUAAAUUCAUAAGUUUUCACAACACCAGUUUCAACUUUUCCGUUUGAACAUUCUUUCUUGUAUAAAUGGAGGCGUUUUUCUCUCUCGGAGUUAUGAUCGCCUUUAUGUUGUUGUUUCAUGUGGGGUCGGUGUUGAGUCAUUUUCCAACGACUUUAACGCUUGAGAGAGCGAUUCCGCCGAGUCACCAGCUCCAGUUGGCUCAGCUUAUAGCUCGUGACAGGAAGAGGCACGGUAGAUUGUUACAGUCUUCAGGUGGGGUCGUUGAUUUUCCUGUUGCCGGGACCUUUGAUCCAUUUCUUGUUGGGCUUUAUUACACAAAAGUGCAAUUGGGUUCUCCACCAAGAGAAUUUAACGUGCAGAUAGAUACUGGGAGUGAUGUUUUAUGGGUCAGUUGUAGCUCCUGCAAUGGUUGCCCAGGAACCAGUGGACUCCAAAUUCAGUUGAAUUUCUUUGAUCCUCAGAGUUCAUCAACUGCUUCAUUGGUUUCUUGUUCAGACCCAAGAUGUAGUUUAGGACUUACAUCGGCAGAUUCUGUCUGUUCUUCUCAGAAAAAUCAGUGUGGUUACACGUUCCAAUACGGAGAUGGCAGUGGGACUUCUGGCUAUUAUGUAGCAGAUUUGUUACACUUAGACACUAUUGUUCAGGGUUCUGUGAAUACAAAUUCUUCAUCUCAAAUUGUCUUUGGCUGUAGCACCUUGCAGACCGGGGACUUGACAAAAUCAGAUAGAGCAGUGGAUGGGAUCUUCGGAUUUGGGCAACAGGGAAUGUCUGUUAUCUCACAGCUUGCUUCAUCAGGAUUAACACCAAGAGUGUUCUCCCACUGCUUGAAAGGAGAUAGUGCCGGUGGGGGUAUAUUGGUCCUCGGUGAGAUUGUGGAACCGAAUAUAGUUUAUUCUCCACUCGUCCAAUCACAGCCUCAUUAUAAUCUGAAUCUGCAGAGCAUUUCUGUCAAUGGCCAACCUUUGGACGUUAAUCCAUCUGUGUUUGCAACAUCAAGCAACAAAGGAACUAUAGUUGAUACAGGGACAACUUUGGCAUACCUUACUGCAGAUGCCUAUGAUCCUCUUGUCAAUGCUAUUACAAGUUCUGUUUUGCAACCUGUACGCUCUAUUCUUUCCAAGGGAAAUCAAUGUUUUAUUGUCACCACCAGUAUUGCUGGCAUAUUUCCUCAAGUUAGCUUCAACUUUGCUGGAGGCGCAUCCCUAGUUUUAAAUCCUCAAGACUACCUUAUACAGCAGAAUUCUGUUGGUGGUGCUGCAGUGUGGUGCAUUGGCUUUCAAAAGAUUCAGGGUCAAACAAUUUUGGGAGAUCUAGUUCUGAAAGACAAAAUUGUUGUCUACGAUCUGGCUGGUCAAAGAAUUGGAUGGGCUAACUAUGAUUGUUCAAUGUCAGUCAAUGUAUCUACCGCUACAAAUACAGGUAGAAGUGAAUAUGUAAACGCAGGGCAGCUGAGCGGCGACACUGCACCACGGCCUCAACCUCACAAGUUGAUACAAAUGAACAUGAUAGCUUUCCUACUGCAUAUACUGAUGCUUGGCAGGUUUGUGUUGUUGUAGCAUGAAUUGCCGGAGGUCUAAUACCAUUUUCUUCUUUUUUUUUUUCUUUGCGUUGUAUAUUCUCCGGCCGGUUUAUUAUUAUAGCAAUGGGCAGGCCCAUAUGUCAUUAAUUUUGUGGGUGUUAAUUGUGGCUAAUUUUUCUUUAGAAUAUAUGUAUGUUCAUCAGCCAUGUAGGGUUAGGAUUUAUUUCAUUGGCAAGAGUUGUAAAUUAGAUUUAUAAGGGAACAUUGGUUUAACAGCAUAAUCAAUUUAUACAAAAUCUUUCUGUUCUUUUGACUUCUUCAAA